AUGGCCGUAACAGCAGCAGAAAUUCUGAAGACAAUCCCGCCAGUCAGUGAAUAUCGUUGGUCGUGCAAGGAUGUUUUCCAGCAGUUCACUGUCGUGAAUCCGGCGACAGGGAAGCCGAUAACUGUCGUCCAGGCCGGAAAUCCCGACACAGCAGAUAAGGCCAUCCAAGCAUCACAAAAGGCAUUCGAGUCGUGGCGAUGGAAGACUCGACAAGAACGCUCAGUCUAUCUCAUACAGGCAGCUGACGAGCUUCAAAAGCACAUCGGUGAAUUGGCCAUUCUGCUAUGCCUUGAGAACGGGAAACCUGUCAAAGAUGCAUCAUUUGAUCUUAUGUUUCUGGUGGGAGUGUUUCGUUACUUCGGAUCUAUUGCCGACAAAAUACCUUCGGAAUUUUUCGACCAAGGAAAUAUCUAUUCGAGUGUGAUUUAUGAGCCACAUGGGGUGUGUGUGGGGAUUUUGCCGUUCAAUUGGCCUCCGGUCCAUGCUGGGGGGAAAUUGGCCCCAUGUCUGGCGGCUGGCAAUACCAUGGUCCUAAAGCCAGGGGAGCAGGCUCCGUUGACAUUGAUGCGCAUUGUUCAAAUACUGCAGUCCGUCUUUCCCGAAGAUGUUGUCCAGGCGAUUCCUGGUCUGGGCCCGGAGUUGCCACAGGCCUUGAUCAGUCACCCACUAGUCAAAAUGGUCUCGUUGACAGGCUCGACCGCAUCAGGCUCGAAGGCUGCCCAGCUUGCUGCUGUUACCCUGACCCCUACAGCACUUGAGCUUGGAGGAAAGAAUGCUUUUGUUAUCUUCGAAGACGCUGAUCUAGAGUUAGCUGUGCGCGAUACUGUCGAUGGGGCCUUUUUCAACAAGGGUGAAUCAUGCACCGCCGCAUCACGGAUUUUAAUUCACAAAGACCUUUACCCGACUUUCGUUGAUCGCCUCACAAUAGCAGUCAAGAGGUUGCGCGCCGGUGAUGGACUUGAUGAAAAGACGCACAUCGGCCCUGUUGUGUCUCUGGAGCGCCAACAGGAGAUUCUGUCCUAUAUCGAAGAAGGCAAGCGUCAAGGAGCGACUUUAUCUGCGCAGGGAAGCCUACCUACAGCCGAAGAUUUAGCGGGGGGGGAGAUCUUCGGACCUGUCGUUGUUGUGGGCUCUUUUGAAACGGAAGAGCAAGCCGUCACAAUCGUCAACUCCUCGCAGUACGGACUUUUUGCAGGGGUAUAUUCCGCGGACUUCAAUCGAGCUCUGCGAGUUACUCGAAAGUUGGACGUUGGGGUCGUGUUGGUGAAUAAUUACUUCCGCGCCCUUUUGGGAACGCCGUUCGGGGGUGUGAAGGACAGUGGAUAUGGCAGGGAACAUUGGAUUGGAACACUAAGGGAAUGGAGUCGUAUCAAAAACGUUCGCUUCCCAAGCGGACUGGGUACUAUACCAGCUUGGGGUAGCGCUAGUGAUGUAUGCAAGCUGUAG